UCAAUUUUUCUUUUGUCUUCUGCAUCGGCAAAACGCCACCUUAACCUUCAGGCAAUCUCAGACCUUCCAUCCUCUUUUCUCACACUCCAAUAGAACAAUUCCCUCGUUAUCCAUUAGUUAGCCACUCCCGUAUGUCUUCUUCUUCCAAGCACCUCGUCGAUCCUCAUAUGCAGAAGAAAAGGAGCGUCGUCUGUUGAUAUACAGCCACUCGUCUUCUCUCUUCCUACCUAAAGCUUCUCUCGUAGCAUAUGCUCAACCAGCCGGCGAUCGGAGAUCGAUGUCGACGCAGCAAGUUUGCUACGUUCACUGCAGCUUCUGCAACACAAUCCUCGUGGUCAAUAUUCCAUGCAACAACUUGUUCGACAAUGUGACAGUACAAUGUGAGAACUGUGCGAAUAUGUUGUCUGUCAAUUUUGGUGCUCAGUUUCAGAGACUCCCUCUCCAAGAUGUUCAGCAUCACAGUAUAGGAUCUCAAGGACUCCACAGGGAUUGUGGAUCUUCUUCCUCCAAAUGCGCCGGGAUAGAUACGAUGAACUCGACGAAGAGCAUCAAGCAACAAAUGCUUCGAGUUCGCACAGCAGCAGCAGCAGCUGGGAAAAGACGUCGUGUGCCUUCUGUGUACAAUAGAUUUAUCAAAGAAGAGAUAAGAAGAUUAAAAGCAAGAAAUCCUGACAUUAGCCAUAGGGAAGCUUUCAGCACUGCAGCAAAAAAUUGGGCACACUUGCCUCGCAUUCAUUUCGGGCAGUCUGUCGAGGGGAAUCAACAGUUGUGGUGAUACAAUGAUUGCUGUCAAACACAAAGGGAUGGCAGUCACUGUUUGUGUGGCUUCUCACGAAGAACAUGCAAUUAUCAGUUUGCAAUGGGAUUUAGACCGACAAAACAUUCAGAGUGAAAAGUAAUCUGAGGCAAUACUUUAUAUCUUUCCAUACUUUUUCUAAGCUUCAAAAUCUAUAAUUUAUGCUGUUGAUUGUGUAUAUAGCUUUUUUACAU